GGCGUCGCGCGCCACCGCAGUUCCGUCCGAGACCGGUGCGCGCGGUCAUGUGCGAGUGUCGUUGCAGCGGAGCAGUUGCCUGCCGCCGAACGCGAGUGUUGUCCACGUGCGUCGUCCAAAUCUCGUUGCAUUUUCGAAACUGACGGAUGACCUACGCGACUCUGUAGAGGAUUUUUUUUUUUUUUGGUCGAAAACCAUUUCGACAUUUUGCACGUCCGUCGUAAUAUUAUAUUAUUGGUAUUUUUUGGUACCUAAUAAUAUUUUGUCUAUAUAACAUAAGAAUAACACGUCAUCGAACAAUACUAUUCGGAAGACUAAAUUACGCGGACACGACUGCCGCAGACAAAUCAUAUUACAGCGAAUCCAGUGCGAUCCAGACGAUCGUUGUCGGCGCCAUACCUCACUGUUACCGCGGUUACAUAUUUCUACAUACAGGGACGUGUCAUGACCGCGGCCCCGCGAGUUUUGGCACUGGCCACUCUGCUGGCGGUCGGGGCUCAGACGCUGUCCUACGGCGGCGCGGACGGCCGUCACGCGGCCGCCGGCGUCGAACGGUACACGAAACUCGAUCGGUUCCUGCACGACCGGCUGGGCCUGGCCGGCGUCUUCGGCGGCGGCGGUGUCGGCAACCGGUCCAGCCCGCCAGCGCCGACCACCGACCGGGGACUGUUGUCCAGGACGACUGCGGCCAGCGCGGCCGUACCCGAGGACGAGGACGACGACGGCGCGGAUAACGAAGACGGCGAUGACGACGAUGACGACGACGAGCAGGACGAGAAGGACGUGGUGACUCCCGGGCCGUUCGUCAGGCUGCGGCACAGGAACAGUCAGGCUGCGGUGGCGGCGGCGGUGGCGGCCGAGAAGGACUUGGACGUCUACGGCAAGGACAUCCAGAAACACGAACCAGCAAGAACCAUGUCACCGCUAUCAGAAAAUAAAUGGAAAUUUCUCGGUUCUAAGAAGGCUGUGGAAGAAACUUUCCGUAGUUCACACAGGAUCAACGUGUUGCAAGGGCAAGGUGAUAGCGAAGGAGGUGAAGCUUACAAGCAUCAAAUGAGAAUUUCGAAAGAGGCGUCUUGCAAAGUACCUAGAUCUAAAGUGAUCAAGGUAACUGACAUAUACCCCAGUUCGAAUAAGAAAUAUUUACCUGCGUGUACAAUUCUUCAUGUUUGCGCUGACGAUACAGGUUGUUGUAACAGUCCAACACUGAAGUGCGGGCCGAAGACUUCACAGCCAGUUUAUUUGCCCUUCCUAGUCUACACUUUACCCGGACUGGGAGACUGGAAGUCGCCCGAACAUUCGUCAAUCCAGAAAUCGUUACUUUUUUACAACCAUACCGAGUGCGAGUGCCAGUCAAGAACGGACGACUUGAUGCCCAGAGACACAAUGCCAACUGCUUCCGUGGUAGACCCAGAUCCACCGCUGCCGUUCAGACACAGACCCGAAAAAAAUAAUCAGAACAGUUGCAAGUGUCCCACGGAAUACACUGUACGUUAUUCAACCAACGGUUCAUGUUCGUGUGACUGUUUCGACAAACAACGAGAGUGCAUCCGAUAUAAGAAAGGCAACGUGUAUUUUAAUCAUCUCGAUAGAUACUGCAUUACAUCGGGUCAGUGUUUGUUGCCAAUUUGUGAAUAUGGCAUUUACUCUUCUCGAACCGGACGUUGCCCAAAACAAUUUGAGACUCUAUAUUCGUUACAGAAGAAACAUUACUUCUAAGUACCUCUAAUCAUACUUGAGACUUGUAGUUUGUUUUAUAGAAACACAACAUAAAAUAUUCCUUCACAUACACAAUAUACUUAUAAUACAAAGGUAUGUGUGUAUAUGUAUAUAAAUAUAUAAUACAAUAUCUACCUAUUAAUGUGUUCGCAUUUUUGUUUAGAAUGUAACUUAUUACAAUUUUUUUUAAGUGUAUAAUUAAUAAUUAAACAUAAUAAAUGUUAAAAGUCACUCUUAGUGAUAUGUAUUUAUAUGAUUUGUACAUUUUUAUUAAUAAGUCAUUAUAUUUAUUUAAUAUUUUGUCAUUUUAGUUAUUAUAUUUUCAAUUUUGUAUUAAUAAAGCUUUAAAAGUACUGUAAUUUCGUAAGUAAUAAAAUGUACCAGUUUGCUAAUUUAAAAUGUUAUAUAGAUUUAAAUGAAAUUUUUUUUAUAUUUAGUGCAUUGAUACAUACAAGACACAAGUACAAUAUUAGUAAAUACAUAAACUCUACUAUAAAAAUUUGAAUAUUAAUAUAAGGCCAUCAUUAUUAAUUAUAU